GCACGAUUUUUGAAAUAAACUUGUUUUGUUGUCGUUGUUUCCCUUUUUUUGGACUUUAAGUCUUACUUGAAUUUUUCUUCUACGUAUUGACUGUCAUCAAUCCAAGUUACCAUCCUGAUCCUCUAAGGAAAUCUUUAAAUCAUGAUCAUGAAGCUCGCUAGCGCAAACGAACAAGUCUCUCUAUCUACUCGUACUCGUCGUACCAACAGUAGGCCAAGAACUGUACGAGCUCCAACAGCUAGGCCAACUACAUAAUUGUAAAAGACAAUAAUGCAGCCGUCUUCUCCCGUGCCCCCUCACUUUGCAGGUGGUGGUCUAGUGGUUGAGGACCACAGAUGUUGCUACUCUGACGAAUGCGAUUGGGUAGACCUUAAGUCCGGCACUUCUAAGUCCGGCACUUCUAAGUCCGGCACUUCUAAGUCCGGCACUUCUAAGUCCGGCACAGUGACAACGGCAUCCACCGCCUGUCCAUCCCCAUUGCAAAAGGAGCAGGGAUCAGUGUCUUUUGCAGAAGCCGAUGACGAAGAUGUUCUUGAAGUUGUUGCGGGAGACGUGCAGGUGGGAGCGUCUGCCGGACCUGAACAAUCUUCUGGCUCAGCAUCAUCAAAUAGAUCUGCAGGUUGUAUGAAGAAGACGAAUAGUGACGUAGAACCUGAGAACUGUUUUUUCAUAGGCGAUGUCGAUGAAUGCGAGUUCUACGUUUUGGACGAUGACGAUGAUGAAGAAGAAGAUGUUGAGCUUAAAAUAGUAGGAGGUCGUGUAGAAGAACAGCAACAGCUGCGUCGUGAGCAAAAUCCAGCAUCUUCACUGUCUGCCACUAGUCAGAGCAGUAGCAGUAGCGUGGUGCGGGUGGCAAUGGAUGAAGAUGACUGCUUCUCCUACGAAGACGAAAACAGCAGUCUCGAAGAGCAGUUUGAAGCGCUUUCCUCAGGAAAAGUAGCAGAACUUCUGAAGAAGUACGCAUCCGCAACUGGGCAAGGAGAGCAUCGGCUAUUGAAAUUAAGGCUACAAGAAAUCCAUCUUCACGAGCAUCCUGAGACCGUGCUCAAGGGGGGAAAGGUUCUAAGAUGCGUCUCAAGAUGGAUUUCUCUUAGGUCUAAUGAAAAUCGACUCAAGAAGUAGAAGUGUAGAAGAUGAAGAAGGGACAGCUAAGAGGAGCGUAGACGAGGAAAAUCGUAGUGAGGACACUCUACUUCCAAAUCUACUUGCCUCCACUGAUUCAAUUAGUGCGUCGGCGUCGUCGUCUCACUAUGUGGGAGAAAAAUCGAGAAGGAAAAACACUAGGACUUCUACGACAGCGACUUCAUCGCGAAGACAGACUGUAGGUCGUCAACUGUGGCUUCCGAAAUCUGACAUGGACACUUUUAGACGACAACAGGCGGAAGUAAACGAGUUGAAGGGCAAAAAAGCCAAAUCAGUCAUUCUCAUUCGACGACGCUUAUUGCAAAAAUUACUCGACGCGAUGAGUAACAAGGAAUCUACUUCUAGUACUACAACAGCUUCUUCAACAUCAACGUCGACAACGACGUCAAGGUCAUCAAAGGCCUCCUCAACAUCGUUCUCUAAGAAGAAUGGUCAAAGAGCUUCUCCUUCCUCAACGAGACAAAUUCUUGCCGAACUUUUGCAAGUGGGCGAUCAUACUCAGAGCAAGAAUGGAAGGUUAUCAUCCUUAAAAGGCUUGUCUGUCGCUGCUGAGCAGGAGACCCUCAAAUGCACAACUGACCCAGCACAGGAGUUUUCAAAGAAGAAACGUCGAAAAGUCCGAGUUUUUUGGGUUCCAAAACCAAAGCUUGGUGAGUCAGUGACAAACUCAAGCACUCCAAAUCGGAAAGUGAAGAAUAUAACCUCCUCCCCAUCAUCACUUCCCACUACACCAGAAAAAACCUCUGCAAAUAAGACGAAGAGCAAAGAAAGCACCGAGCGUCGGAGAAAGACGAUAAGUGGCGGUGGACGGGAGCACAACUCUAGAAAAUGGGUGGUGAAAAAGAGCCUUCUAUCGAUGGACGACGCUUGUGAUGUCGAUGCAUCCGCGACUAGCAUGGGGAUGUUUUAGGGGACGAUGAAGAUAAUGAAACAGUACAAGAACUCGAGGAAUAAACGAAAACGUUUGUAUUUUUUACAUCUAAUGAAAAUGAAACUCAACUUAGGCACUAUCAGCUAGGUUUUGCGUUCCUCUGAUAUCGUAGGUACUACUUACACAAUUAGAUUCACUCGUCGACAUUCAUCAAGCUGUAUCGCCAACAUUAAGAUCCAUGACUUGUUCCAGCAUCUUGUAAUUCUAUGAUCUAAGUUAUACCUAAGUAAAGAUGAACGCACCUUCAUGCUAAACCCGAAGAUUAGACGACACUCCUUCCAGAUAACCUCAUUUGUCGCCUCCACCAUACAACAUGGUAUUGACCUCGUCACCCUAUACAAAUGCAUGAAUGUCUCCAGCUUUCACGCAUCCGAAAGAGGAAAACGAUGAUUGAAGCUUCGGCAUUUAUACUGCUGACGCAUGCGCGCUCGUGGAUAAUAUGUGUUUUUUACUAGCUGCAAACUUUUAGCAGUCUUUCUUCAGCGUCAAGCUUAUCCGUAUUUAUUGCGCGUUAAUAGAGGAGGCAUCAUGUUGCCCAACCGCACAUGCACAGGC